AUGACGAUAACCGACGACCUUCAAGAGAUUGCCGGAAAGGAAAAGGUUAAUAUCUUCGUUGGUCCAAGAAGGGUCAGAUUCUCGGUGCACAGAGAUGUCAUUUGUCAAGCUUCAUAUUUCUUCCGAGCAGCAUUCCAGGGCGUAUUUAAAGAAGCAAAAGAUGGAUCAGUACACAUGCCAAAGGAUGACCCAGUGACUUUCAAGCGGUUUUUGGCAUGGACCUAUGCAGGAAGACUUCCCGAAUCAAGAGGAACAACAAGCCAGAGACUCUUAUACGACCUUUACAUCCUCGCCGAAAAGUUAUGUAUGAACGACCUUGCCAACAGGACCAUAGAUCGAAUCAAGGAGAACCAUGAACACACUUUCAAGAUUGCCGGAGCCACGGAUCGAAACCUGAAGCAUAUCGGACACAUAUACGAUCAUACAAGCCAGCGCUCUCCUCUGCGGAAUCUCAUGCUCAGCAUCAUGGGCCAUGACUAUUACUUUGCUGCGUCCAAGAACCUUACUGGAGGAUCGCUAGUGAGCAGAGAGCAUUUGAAGAAGAUUUGGGAAGUUGGCCAGAAGCACCCUGACUUCUACGAAGAUCUCUUCACGCUGCUACUUCCAAUCGUACCAGAGCAGCAGCACCACCAAGUUCUGCGCCCGACACAAGAGCAAGCACUUGAAACUCUCAGAAGCGUUCUGUUUUCUGAUGCGAGGUGUUCUUUCCACAAGCAUGGUGCUAGGGAGUUUUGCUACUUGUACGACCAGGAUAUUCAGUCAGGUGAGGAGGACGGUGGGUCUCUGUCAGAGCAGACUUCUUCCGCAGGUUGA